UGUUGGAUACCAUACCACCGCAAAGUUGCGAGGAAAACAACUUCUCCCACGUUUGUUUACGUUUGGCCAGACCAGGACGCCAUGUCGAAUCCGCAGGAGGAACUGCUGCCGCCCAGUGCCGAGGACGACGAGCUGACUCUGCCGAGGGCCAGCAUCAACAAGAUCAUCAAGGAACUGGUGCCCACGGUGCGGGUGGCCAACGAGAGUCGCGAGCUGAUUCUCAAUUGCUGCUCCGAGUUCAUCCACCUAAUUAGUUCGGAGGCCAACGAGGUGUGCAACAUGCGCAACAAGAAGACGAUCAACGCGGAGCACGUCCUGGAGGCGCUGGAGCGUUUGGGUUUCCAUGACUACAAGCAAGAGGCGGAGGCUGUGCUGCACGACUGCAAGGAGGUGGCCGCCAAGCGAAGGCGCCAGAGCACACGCCUGGAGAACCUGGGCAUCCCAGAAGAGGAGCUUCUGCGCCAGCAACAAGAGCUGUUCGCCAAGGCACGCGAGGAACAGGCACGCGAGGAGCAGCAGCAGUGGAUGAGCAUGCAGGCAGCGGCCAUGGUGCAGCGACCGCCGCUGGUCGACGGCUCAAUUGCUAGUAAGCCCAGUGAAGAUGACGAGGACGAGGACGAUGACGACUACUAGUAAGAAAGUUUGGCUUUCUAUGAGCCUAAUGUAGUUUUAAUCUUAAAAUAUAUGCCAUAAGUUGAAAAGUCA